AUGUUAGGAACGCUCCUGAAAUCAGUCAGUGAGCCGUCUACGAAAAUAGACAAAAUCCUAUUUUUGUUUGAACGCUUAGUCAUGGGUGCAAUCGACAGGCCUACAAAGGAAAUUGAUAGUGAUGCUAUACAUUUCCCAUUAAGAACGCAUGUGGAGUUGCGUUCUUUAGAGGCUGCUUUAGAAAACCAAAAAUACCGAGAUCAUUUCGUUGCAAGAUUAUGUAACUUAAUGUGUGAUAAUACUCGGAAAUCAGCUAAAGCUUGUCUUCAAUACCUCCUGUCACCGGAACUCGCGAACACUUACACUUUACACGGAACCAUAAGGAAAUUCGGGAUUAGUGAAUACAAAUUUUACUCCACGGUUCAAAGUGCUUUGUGUUCACGUUUCCGAAGUGCAACCUGUCACGAAAAGGAUAUAAUACACGCCAUGGCUACAGAAAGCCAGGCCUUCUUGCAUGACGGAAGAGAUAAAGUGCAUAAACGUGGAUGGCGAUCCAAAGAAAAGCUGGCUUCGCAGGCUUUAUCAGACGUGACUAAUGCUGUCAAUGACAGUUCUACAACGGAAUCAAAAACUUUGUAUACAUGGAUUAUUUGUAAAUUUAUUAACUGUAAUAAACAUUUAUAUACGUCAUAA